UACUCUUAUAAAUAUUAAUGAAUCUGAAUGGAUUUGAAUUAAUGUAAGUUAUCGAAUCAGAUGUCUUUAAAUUCAUCUGUUCGCAUUGGUAAGUGUCAUUUUACACAGAAUUAACUGUACAGUCCUUUGACACGUGAAAGAUUGGUUUCUGUAUGUAAAAUCCCGAUUGUUCCGCAGUGAUUUGGGGUCUUUUAUAUGCGCGGGAAGUAAGUGUGACCCCGGAAAGAGUCCAGACUGAGCAUCACACAGACACAAAUACUUUCAUUACGAGUUUAAAGCGCUUUUAAUGUGGAUUUGCCGAGGCUGGAGGAGAGCGUUCUGUGUGAAGAAAAGCGUCUGAGGGUUCGAGGAUGUUCUCCAGAUGAGCCUCAGUCACGGUUACCCGCCCGCGUGCGCGAGAUCGUGUCCCGAAACCUGAGCGAAAGCGCUGGAGGCAUGUCGUCGAGUCUGUCGGUCCCAGAGGAGAACCGGGUUCUUCAGGCAGAACUGAGUCGUGUGGAAGAUCUUCUGGCUCACAGUCGAGCAGAACGAGAUGAACUGGCCAUCAAAUACAGCGCCAUCAGCGAGAGACUGGAGCAGGCGCUGAGGAUGGAGUCGGCCGGGGAGGAUCCGGGUUCUCCUGAGUCGCUCAGUCUAGCGCAGCAGAACGUGGAUCUGCGCAGACGGCUGGACGAGGAGCAGGCGGCGUAUAAACGCAAACUCACGGCGUACCAGGAGGGGCAGCAGAGACAAGCGCAGCUCGUGCAGAAACUACAGGCCAAGGUUCUCCAGUACAAGAAGAAGUGUGGAGAUCUGGAACAGAUGCUGCUGGAGAACUCCACUAGCCGGUGUGGCGGCAGUAACGGCCAUGAUGACGAGGAGCCCAGCGGCGAGAUGGAGAGCGCCCUCAUCAGACUGGAGGAGGAACAGCAGAGGAGCAGCGGUCUAUCCGCGGUCAACGCUAUGCUACGGGAGCAGCUGGAACAGGCCGGACUGGCCAACGAGGCGCUCAGCCAGGACAUCCGCAGACUCACUGCUGAUUGGACCAGAGCGAGGGAGGAGCUGGAGCAGAGGGAGUGUGAUUGGAGGAAAGAGGAGGAGUCUUUCCACAGCUACUUCAGCGGCGAGCACAGCCGUCUGCUGGCGCUCUGGAGGCAGGUGGUGGGUCUGCGCAGGCACAUCUGCGAGAUGAAGAGCGCCACCGAGAGGGAUCUGUCUGCGGUGAGGAACCAGCUGGCGUGCGCGGCUCAGAGUGUGCAGCUGCAGUGUGUGAGCACCUGCUCAGUCCUGCGCAGUCGGGAGGAGGCGUCUGCGCAGAUGCUGGAGAGAGAGACGGGCGUGCGACUGCAACUGGAGCAGCAGCUGAGAGAGACGGUGACGGAGAUGAUGACGCUGCAGGCCAAGAGCGACUCGGAGCGGCUCGAGAUCAACACACGGCUUGUGGACGCAGUGAGAGAGCUUGAGCGUCUCAAAGCUCAUGUGGAGGACAGAGAACAGGAAGUGACAACACUCAACAGGAAGCUGCAGGAUCAGAGGAGCCUUGAGGAAACUGAAGUUCAUUCACUCAGGACACACACUGCAGCCCUGCAGAACACACUCCGAGACAUCACACAGCUGCUGUUCUCUGACAGUGACGGUGUGGACGGAAACACUGAAGAGUCUCUCCUGCCGUUACUGCGCUCUUCAUCAUCAUCAUCAUCAUCAUCAUUACCCAUCAUCCCUGACAGCUGUCUGUCUGCACUGCGCUCCAGUCUGACCCACAGACAGGGCCAGAUACAGGAGCUGCGUGAGCGUCUAGCGUCUGCACAGUCGUCAGUCCAGCACCUGCGCAAGCAGCAGAUGGAGGCGGAGUCAGGCCGGCGGGAGGCGGAGUCAGGCCGGAGAGAGGCGGAGCUACGUGUGCAGACGCUGCAGGGAGAGCGAGACGAGGCUCAGAGAGAGAGAGAGACGGCUGUGAGAGAGAGACACCGACUCAGACAGGAGAGAGACGCGCUCAGCAGUGAGAAGGAGUGUGUGUGUAAAGCGGCACAGACGCAGGCGCAGCUGCUGCAGAUGGAGUGUGAGAGACUGCAGGUGUGUGUGACGUCUGCGCAGAGAGAGAGAGAGGCCGAGCAAGAGGAGAGAGAGGCCGCGGAGUUGGAGAGAGACCGAGCGAGAGCAGAGACACACAGAACUCAGCAGAUGUGGGACGAGUCGGAGUGUCGAGCUUCUGCACUGCGAGCUGAACUGGCGGCGCUGAGAGAGUCUGUCCAGCAGGGGGCGUCAGACAGACAGAUGAUGGAGGCGGAGAACACACAGCUGAGGGACACACUCACCCGGAGUGAGAGCGGUCGCGCUGAGCUCUCGCUAGCGGUCACGAAGCUUCACUCGGAGGAGUCGUCACUCAGAGAUUCGCUCGCGAAGAUGAGCGCCAUUAACGAGAGUCUCGCACAGGACAAGUCUGAACUCAACAGCCUCGUCGUACAGCUGGAGGAGGAGAAGAGUGUGUUGCUGUCUCAGCGAAGAGAAGCGCAGCAGGAGAAGCUGACCAUCAGAGACGAGCUCGUUCGCUCCGAGCAGGACCGCCUGGAGCUGGACUCGGUCCGCCUCUCGCUCAGCCAAUCACUGCAGGAGGCGGAGCUGGCGAGGGCGGGGCUGGAGGCGGAGCUUCAGUCACUGCAGGCGGACAGAGCCAAACUGCAGGACAGAAUUACACAGCUGAUUGGUGAGAUGGGUGGUCUGGAGGCGGAGCUUGAGUCGGUCCGCAGUGAAGGCCAUAGGCAGAGCUCCGCCCUGGAGGAGGCGGGGCGUGGGAGGGCGGAGCUAGUGAGAGAGAGGGCGGGGCUUCUGGUUCAGCUGAACGCCUCAGAGAGAGAGAACGCCACUCUGACGGAGGAGAUCGCUUGCUUCAGGUCGGAGAGGGAGGCUCUAGAGACGAGUCUUUUCGAACUGCAGCAACAAAUAAAUCAAAUGGAGUCUCGCCGUGAACAGCUGGAGUCGGAGAACCAGAACCUGCGCCUGCGUACUGACAGCGUUACAGCGGAGCUGAAGCGUGUGCGCGCUGAGAGAGAGACGCUUCUGUCUCACAGUGAGAAAGAGAGAGACGCGCUGAGAGACGCGCUAGCAACGGCUCAACAUGAAGCUCAACGAGUUCUGCGCGCGACCCUGUCCGACCACCAGGAGGAGCUGGAGAGACUGGCCAAUCAGAAGGAGGCGCUGCGCUGCAGUCUGGAGGCCGAGCAGCAGGGGGCGCUGCGGCGGCUGCGGGAACACCUGGAGGAUCAGCUGACCCGGCGGGAGCGAGAGGGGGAGGAGCUUCAGGAGCAGCUGCGGUCGCUGCAGCGCGACAGGGACCAGAGUCUGCUACAGGCGGAGUCCGACAAACAGCAGGCACUGUCGGUGAAGGAGGCGGAGAAGGCGGUGCUGGCGGAGAAGGCGAGCGCCCUACAGGCGGAGCUGAGCACUGCAGCGCUGGAGCUGGAGAGACUGAGCCGGGAGACGGCGCUGCUCAGGGACCAGGAGCGGGCUGCGGUCGCGUCUCUGAACGCUGAACUGCAGGAGCUGCGCGGUGAGCUUCAGGACGCAGCCGGUGCACACGCGCGAGAGCUGCGCAGACGGCAGGAGGACUGCGCAGACCUGCAGACGCGAGCCGACGCGGCGCUCAGAGAGUUGGAGGAGUGUCGCGCGCUGCUGGCGUCCAGCGAGGAGAACCGAGACAGUGCCAGGAGAGAUCUCCUGGAGAUGGAGAAACGCUUGGGCCAGAUACGGGAGGAGGGGGAGGGGCUUAGGCGAGAGGGGGCGGAGCUACGGCGCUCUCUUAGUGAUGUCACCAAGGAGAGGGACACCCUCAGCCAAUCAAACGCGCAGCUGAGGGAAGCACUGAGAGCGGCGGAGAGCGAGAGAAUCAGCGUCAAGCGUGUGUGUGAGGAGAAGGAGCAGAGGGCGUGUCUGCUGGAGGAGAGCCUGGCGUCUGCGCAGACGGAGGUGUCCGAUCUGCGCUCGUGUCUGCGUGACGUGGAGCGAUCCCGACUGGAGGCGCGCAGGGAACUGCAGGAGCUGCGCAGACAGGUGAAAGUCGUGGAUGCCGAGCGCGAGCAGACGGCUAAGCAGACGACCGAACUGCAGAUGCGUUUAUCCGCGGAGGAGCAGAAGGACGAGGAGCGAGCGAGAGAACUGAUCUCGCUCAAACAGAGACUCGCCGAAACGGAAACUAGCAGAAACUCUCUUCAGAAAGAGCUGUCUUCUCUACAGAGGCGUGUGAGCGAGAGCGAGUUGUGCUGGCGCAGUCGCGAGCGAGAGUUAACGUCUCAGCUACAGGACGCUCGCGGCUGUGAGAAGAAGCUUCAGGACGAGGCACGUAACCUCUCCGUCCGCGCGCAGUCGACCUCGGAUGCGUCUGCGCAGCUGCAGCUGCAGCUGAGUGAUGCGCAGGGCCGCCUGGCUGCGACGGAGGCGGAGCUAGCGCGAGCGGAGGCGGGGCGCAGGGAUCUGGAGUUCAGGAUGAGCAGCCUGCAGUCGGCACUCACGCGCACACUGGGCAUCGGGGCCAGUGGGCGGAGCAGCAGCAGGGGGCGGAGCCCAGCAGGCUCCUCCCCUUCCUCUCUGAGCUCAGGGAUGAUGUCUCGCCAUAGGAGCGUGUCUCCGCUGCACUGCUCGCUGUCGCCACCCAAAGAUGUGGCAGGUCACGUGACUCCUGAUAACAGCAUCAUGCUGAGGCCGGUGUCUCCAGAGAGGACCGACGCCCCGCUGCCCGUCGCCCAGGCGGAGCUCGACCCCGAAACCCUGCGCAGCGGCCUCAGAGACUUCAUACAGGAGCUGCGCGAGGCUCAGCGAGACCGUGACGAGGCGCGGGGUCAACUGGGGUCACUGCAGAGGGAACUACAGGAAGUGACCUCAGAGAGAGACUCCGCCCACCAGCGCCUCAUUCAGCUGCACAACACACUACAGGAGUGCCAGGAGGAUAAGCGUGGCGUGGAUGGAAAGCUGUCGUCGGCUCAAGCUCUGCUGCAUGAGCAGGACGAGUCCCUGCGGAGAGGAGAGAGAGAGCGGCGAGCGCUAAACGAGCGAAUCACAGAGCUGGAGCGGAUGUCCCAGAGCGCCGAGGCCGAGCGCACGCGCGUGGAGGAGCAGUGCCGCCAGCUGCGCGCGGGCGAGGCACGUGUGGAGGCAGAGCGGCGGCGGCUGCGCGAGGCGCUGGAGGAGGCGGAGGGCCGGGGCACACGGGUGGAGCUGGGGAGGCGGAGCCUAGAGGGAGAGCUGCAGAGACUCAGGCUGAGUCUGACGGAGAGAGAGAUGGAGAUCCAGGCGGCUCACGACCGCCACGAGAGCGCCGCCAAACAGGUGUCGGAGGCCGAGUCCCGCGCGGCGAGUCUCCAGCGGGAGGUGGACCGGCUGACGGCGGCGCUGGCCAAAGCUCAGGACGGGGAGAGCGAACAGAGAGAGCGAGCGCUGGCUCUCUCCCAGAGUCUGCAGGAAGCCUCCGCGGCCCACAGCGCCACCCAGGGGCGUCUCACAGCACUGCAGAAAACACUGGGCCAGGCGGAGGGCGAGCGCAGGCAGACGCAGGAGCGUGUGGACGGGCUGCGCGCGGCGCUGUCGGACGGGAAGCGGAGCGUGGGCCUCCUCACGGAGCGCGUGCACACACUGCAGGCGGAGCUGACCCAGAGUCAGCUGGUGCGGGCGGAGCUGGAGGCGGGGCUGCUCAACACACAGGAGGCUCUGCGCCAGAGGUCCGACAGCCUGGCCGAGGCCCAGCGAGCGCUGCAGUCUGCGCAGACGGAGCGGGCGACUGCAGAGGAGCGUCUGCGCAGCCUUCAGAGAGCCGUGGCUUUACUGGAGACCGAGAGGAGGGAGUCCGAGAGACAGGCGGUGCGCCUCGAGAAGGACAAGACUGCGCUGAGGAGCACUCUGGAGAAGGUGGAGCGCCAGAAGCUGAAGACGGAGGAGAGUAGCAUGCGCUUGUGCGCGGAGAAAGGCCGCCUGGAUCGUUCGCUGAACACCGUGGAGCAGGAGCUGACGGACGCGCAGAAGCAGGUCGCGAUGCUGCAGGCUCAGCUGGCCGAGCUGGAGCAGAGUCACAGCACUAGCGAGCAGUCGGCCCGUGUGCGCGAGGACGAGAGACACCGCAUCAGUCAGAGAGAGGCGGAGCGGACGCUAGCCGCGCGAGAGAGAGCGUACCGCCAGCGCGUCAGGGGUCUGGAGGAGCAGGUGUCCACGCUGAAGGAGCAGCUACAGCACGAGAUCCGCCGCAGAACGCCCUCGCUAACGUGAGCCACAUCAACGGCUGUUCCUCGAGAUACAUCACCUGCUUUAAUGAUCCCUUCAUUUACUUUAUAAACUAAAAUAACUGGCUCAUAUAAAACGUCUUACUACACGCAGAAGGCCUUUAUUAACCCCUGGAGCCCUAUGGAUUACUGUUAGGAUGGAUAUGAGCAUGCACUUUUCUGGGCUUUAAAAUCUCAGGCACCAAUAUAAAGUUUGGAAGAGCCAGGAUAGUUUUAAUUAGUGCUGGGCAACGAUUUAUCGCUAUUAAUCACAUCCAAAAUAAAUGUUUGUGUUUACAUAAUAGAUGUGUGUAUUGUGUAUAAUUAUUUUGUAUAUAUAAAUACACACACAUGCAUGUAUUUAGUUAAGUUUUAUAAAUAUAUAUCAAAUAUUUAUAUAUAAUAUAAAUAUACAGUAUGCAUGCAUGUGUGUUAUUUUAAUACACAAAUUAAUUAUACACAGUACACGUAUAUUAUGUAAACACAAAUUUUUAUUUUGGAUGCGAUUAUCACAAUCUAAUCGAUUAAUCGCUGUUUUCAAUAUAACUCUGAUUGUGUUCGUCUGAAAGAUUGUCAUACACACCUGAUGACUUCAGGGAGUAAAUCAUGAACUAAUUUUCAUUUAUCUGUGAACUGUGCCUUUAAGGCCUGUUCACACCAAGGACGAUAACUACAAAGAAAGAAUAGCAGAGAGAAAAACACCUAUGAUAACGGCACAUGAACGAAUUUUUCAGCUGAUGGACGAUAAAAAAACAUUGACAGCCAAUCAGAAUCCAUCUCGAGCGUUUAAAGCGAUCGUUCUUGGUGUGAACGGGCUUUUAGAGAUAUUGUGAGUUUUUGUUUUAUUACAGAAUACUGAAAGGGUGAAUGUCAUGAAACUUGUCUGGAAAUGUCAGAGUAAUAUUUACCCCAAAACCAAAAUGUUGUUUUGCUUAAAGCCCAUUGUAGGACCAAGAUUUGUUACAUUGCACCCCUAUUAUUAUGACAAUUCAUUAUUUUAUUCUCAUAAUUCUUUACUGUAAUGCUAAAUAGUUUUUUUAAGGAGGUAAAUAUAUUACUGCCUAACGAAUGAACGAAGCGCUCACAUUCCCUGUAACACUGACACAUACUCAACACAAAUACUUGAAUAUUUUACUGUAAUAUGUAUGGUUUAUGUAAAUGAGAAUCUGUGAAGUUAUCUCUGAGAACCGAUUUUUUAAAUACCAUAACACAAACAUGUUUAUCAUUUGUUAUUCAGUUAUUGCUAUGUUUACCUCAACCGAUUGUUGACAGUUUAGCUACUGAUCAUUUAAUCUACUCACCCUAAAUCUGAAAUGUACAUUUCACUUACGAGAUAAAGUUGAUCUGAAGAGUUGUCGUGUCCAGUUUCACAAUGAGAUUACCUUGUCAUCGCAAUAGUUCUGAAAGCGUUUUUCACAACGCGAUUCUCUAAAAAUGUAUGGUCAAUUUCAGUGCGAGUUCGGUCGCGCGCUUGACAGCGGCCGGCAGCGCGCACAUAAUAACGGACUCUGACAGGAAUGGCGCGAAUUACUAAGGUGAGACACUUUACGUCAUAUUUUUUCAAUAAUUAUAAUAAUACAUUUUAAUGCCAGUCGCAUUAUGGUGCUUGGUAAUUCAAAGGGAAAAUAAGAUAGUUCGGAAUCACGACGACCCGUUCAGAUCGACAUAUCGCGUUGAAGUUAUUUUAAAUGGCAUUUUAACUGCUAUUUUUCUUGGUCUUUUAUGCGUGGAAUAAAUGUAUUUUUGUUUUGCUAGAAUGGAUUUUAUACGCAUUAAAAUGAUUUUGUUUAAA